UCAACGCUUUCGACGAGGCUGUGCGUUCCGGCUGUUCACCGGCUGCCGCGCGAGCGCGGGCACGUGCGCUGCUCGAAUGCCGCAGUACCCAGCGAAUAAUAAUCAACGAUCGGAAACAAAGCUCGCGGGCCAAACGAACGGCGCGAAAGCGAGCGAGAGGGCAAAAGGUUUAUCGAGCUACCGCGAUUUCACUUAUCGCUCUCGUUAUUCGCGUGGAAAGAUUGCCAUCGCCUGCUUCACGAUGCGUGAGCUUGGCCUCUUCCUCCUCGGGCCUCUACUUCUCCUCCAGCUGUGUCUCUGUCAAAUAACGCCGGAGAUUAUGCCGGAAUUCUUGGCUCCGCUGGAGAACCACACGGUCAUACUGGGACGCGACGUGUCCUUCACCUGCGUCGUCAAUCAUCUCCAGUCCUUCAGGGUGGCAUGGAUAAAGUCGGAUUCACGUGCGAUCCUGGCGAUUCACACCCACAUGGUGGCGCACAACCCGCGACUGUCAGUCACGCACAACGGCCAUAACACCUGGAAGCUUCACAUCUCGAACGUGCAGAAAAAUGAUUCGGGCAUCUACAUGUGUCAGGUCAACACGGAGCCGAUGCUGUACCAGAUUAACGCAUGGCGACAAUGGCGUGUGUUGAAGAUGGGCAACAUGACAGUGGUGGUGCCGCCAGAUAUCAUAGACGAGGCGUCGGACGAAGGCGGCCUGGUGGCGCACGAGGGUGGCAACAUCAAGUUACGCUGCGUGGCGACUGGCAUCCCCGAGCCGAACGUCACUUGGAAACGCGAAGACGGGCGCGCCAUCGUGCUGCGAGAGAACCAACAGAGGAAGCAGCUUGCCAAGUACGAGGGUGAAACGCUGGAGCUGAGCGGCGUGCAGCGACAAGAAAUGGGCAAUUACCUGUGCAUCGCCAGCAACGGCAUACCGCCGACUGUCAGCAAGCGCUACUCCGUGCAAGUCCAGUUCCAGCCGUCGAUAAAGGUGACGAACCAUGUAGUCGGAGCGCCCGUUAACAAGGACGUGGUGCUGCAGUGCACCGUGGAAGCCUCGCCUCAGGCCAUGAACACCUGGUACACCGACAAAAAUAACAAGCUGCUACCGAGCGACAAAUACGCAAUGUCGGAGCGCCAGACCAACGACUACUCCUGGGAGAUGAACUUGACGAUACGAUCGCUGACCAAGGACGAUUUUGUGGGAUAUGUCUGCACUUCGGAGAACGCAUUAGGCAAAGCCGAAGGUGCCGUCAGAUUGCAAGAGUUGCGAGAUCUGUUCCCGACGACGACGCCGGGCACGCAGUCUCGGCCAAACGACCUGCGCCCAGGACGCAAGAAGCCAUCGAAAUUCGGUCGGUCGCGCAACAAGCACGAGCAGCAGCGUCACCACGCCGAGGAGAACUCGAGCGCGGACGAGCUGGAGCCGGCGCACGCCUACGGCUCGGACGAGAACAGCGUCAUCACCACGCAGACGAUGAACGGCAACCAGGCGUCGCGGGGUCAGCAGCAGCGCACCGAGAGGCCGCACGCCCAGCCGUCCUCGCCGCCGCUGUGGCCCCUCGCCAACUUGUCAAGCGAGCGUUUCGCUCUGGCCGAGCUGGUCGUCGCCGGCCUCUGCCUGUGCGCACUGCUCGCCAGGCGAGGCGUCUAA